GCAAGCCUCGGAGCAAGUAGUCGAGAGAGAACAAAAAGAGAGAAAACAUGGGAGACCAAUCAUCAUGCGUAGCAACUUUGUCCAAGGUGUUGAACAAAGUGAAACCAUACUUGGCCAUCGUCUCCCUCCAGUUUGGAUUUGCGGGGAUGUACAUCCUCUCCACCAUUUCUUUGAAGCAUGGCAUGAGCAAUUACAUCCUCGCUACGUACCGCCACGUUGUCGCCACCAUUGUCAUUGCACCCUUCGCCAUCGUUCUUGAAAGGAAAAUUAGACCAAAGAUGACUCUCCCUAUCUUCCUCAGGAUCGUGGCUCUUGGAUUCCUGGAGCCGGUGCUUGACCAGAACUUAUACUAUAUGGGAAUGAAGUUAACAAAUGCUACAUAUUCAUCUGCUUUCGUUAAUAUGCUUCCUGCUGUUACUUUCAUACUGGCAGUGAUUUUCAGGCUAGAGAAGGUGGAUCCGAAGAAGAUACGCAGUGUUGCAAAGAUCGUAGGGACUUUAAUCACGGUGUUGGGAGCAAUGGUGAUGACUUUGUACAAAGGCCCUAUUAUCAACUUCAUCAAGUCAGGAGGAGGCGCACACUAUGUAACCGCCGGUGAAUCUGCAGAUCAACACUGGGUUUCUGGCACCAUAGUGCUUCUCGGAAGUAUCUUUGGCUGGUCAAGCUUCUUUAUUUUGCAAUCCUUCACAUUGAAGAAGUACCCGGCAGAGCUCUCUCUUACGGCUUGGAUAUGUUUCAUGGGAAUGGUGCAAGAUGGGUUGUUGUCACUUAUCAUGGUUCGUGACUUUAGUGCCUGGAAAAUCGGAUUCGACGCCAGGCUUCUCGCUGCAUCUUACUCUGGAAUAGUGUGCUCGGGGAUAGCCUAUUACGUUCAAGGCAUCGUGAUCCGGGAACGAGGGCCGGUUUUCGUAACAUCUUUCAGCCCUCUAUGCAUGAUCAUCACUGCAGGACUUGGGGCCUUUAUUUUAGCUGAAAAAGUCCAUCUUGGAAGCGUGCUUGGAGCUAUUAUCAUAGUGUCAGGCCUUUACACUGUGGUUUGGGGCAAAGCCAAAGACGGGAAACAGUCGGAAACUGAUGAAAAAAGCAAUGGCCUGCAGGAACUGCCCAUCACAGACAAUGGUAGACCAAUGGUGGCCAUUGAUGGAACUGCUAAAACUAUAGAAAUUCCAGCUUCAAACAACACCUUCGGCUCUCGAGGAACAUAAACCAAUACACUAUGUUUUCUUCCAGAUGCUGAUAAAAAAAUUAUAUCAAGCAGAGUUGUCCUUCCUCAUGCGAGCGAUAUAAA